UUUUAGGGUACAUGCAUGAGACAUCGAGUUUCAACAAAAUCAAUCCAGCCGACAACAGAAUUUGAAGCCGUCUUCGGAAGGCAGCGUCCGUUCCGAGCAGAGCAACUUGGAUUUUCGCUACAAUGACUCGCUUGGAUUCAGAGCAAGUUCUCAAUGAUAACAGCACCCAAGACCCGCUCGCAAUCGGUACUCUCAAGCUCAAUCACAAGGCUCUUUCUGAUGUUAAUGAUUUGUCCGUUUUCAAAAACUUGGAGAAGCUCGAUUUGACAUUCAACAAGCUUACAUCGCUUGAGGGGUUGAAGUCAUGCACCAAUUUGAAGUGGCUCUCAGUUGUACAAAACAAGCUUGAAAGCUUAAAAGGAAUUGAGGGGCUUUCUAAACUUACUGUAUUAAAUGCGGGAAAGAAUAAGCUUCAAUCAAUGGACGAAAUCAGACCCCUUGUUGGCUUAUGUGCUUUGAUUUUGAAUGACAAUGAGAUAUCUUCUAUUUGCAAGCUUGAUCAGAUGAAGAACCUGAAUACUCUGGUUCUUUCCAGAAAUCCAAUCCAUAGUAUUGGAGAUUCUCUAUUCAAAGUGAAAUCAAUGAAAAAACUAUCUUUUUCUAAUUGUAAACUACAAUCUAUUGAUUCUUCCCUCAAGUCUUGUAUCGAAUUGAAAGAGCUUCGACUUGCUCACAAUGAAAUCAAGAUGCUCCCCAAGGAUUUGGCUCAUAACAAGAAAUUGUUGAAUUUGGAUUUGGGAAAUAAUAUCAUAAUUAGAUGGUCAGAUGUGAAGGUAUUGAGUUCAUUAGGAAACCUGAGAAAUCUUAAUCUUCAAGGGAAUCCUAUUGCUGAAAGUGCUAAGUUAGAUAAAAAGAUUCGUCGACUGCUUCCAGGCCUGCGUGUAUUGAAUGCUAGACCAAUAGAUAAAUACGUAAAAAAUGAGAAGGAUAACGGGAGUGAGAAAGACGAUGACAGUUCAAUAAAGAAGCUAGAGCUUCAAAAAGAGAAAAAGGAUGGAAAACCGAAAAGGAAUGCCAAAAUGCUGUCGGAUCAAGGCAGUGAUGGCGAAGUUGAUUAUUCUCAUGAUGAUGAUAUGGAAAAGAAAUCGAAAUUGGAGAACAAAAAACGCAAGAUGGACAAGGUCACCAGGGAGGAGAAAGAAGCUCCAUCUCUCGACAAUAAGAGAAAUCACGGUACAAAUGAUAUUGCUGAGGAUAAGAAGACUUCGAAGCAGAAAAGGUCAAAAAGCAACAAGGAGCCAUCUUCACCCAAGAUCGAAAAGCAGAAGAAGAAAGCAAAGAAGGAAGGGGAAAAGCAGGUUGAUGUUGUCGACGACACUGAAGUGCCAUUUGAACAGCUUUUUGGAGGAGACGGUGUUGAAGACAUGGAUGCCGGUCUUAGAAAGGUUGAUGAGAAAGCAGUAGAGGACAUGAAUUUAAAGGCCAACUUGGUAUCAUUUGCAGCUAAUAGAAAGGAAUCUAAAAAGCCAGACAGAGCUACAAGGUUACAAAUAUCCCCAGUAGUUGAAAUCGGAAUGGGUGGACCAUCAGCAUGGGCUGAUGAGUAACUGCGAGACAAAUCCAUUCAGUUUCUUGGGUAAGUUUUGAUCUCCCGGGAGUUCCUAGUUUGAACAGAUGUUUAGAAUAUGAACUCAUUUCAGAGUUUAAUCUGGCUAUGAGCUAUGAAGCAUAAGCAGCUGCUGUUGGGCAUCGUCUACUGAUGUUGGGAGACUUUCACAAACAUGGAAUGGUGAAGAAUUGUCAUGAUACCUUGAUCUGCCUAGUUAAUUUAAACUGUGACUAACCAAAUCAUGUUGUAGCUUGUUGGCUUCGUUUGGGGCAACCGAGUAAGACUCGAUGCAAUCCAAGUUUCAGGUUCGAUCGGGUUCGGUAGGGAGAACAAUUUUGAACAGUUGUGAGUUUGGCAUUGAGAACAUGGAGGUGAAUCAUAUGAGAGAUUUAUUUGAUAAAAGAUAUAUAAUGAAGUUAUUAUGCUACUAGAAUAAGUUAGAGGAUUAUUGCCAGUUUUAUG